CGUUUGUGGAAAGGAAAUCAUACAGGCACAGGAAUUGCGGUUUAUAAAAUAACAGCUGCUUAAAGAUAUGAUAUUGAAAUGUUUAGUGGUUUGUACAUUAUAAUUGCACUCCAGAAAAAGUACAAUAUGUUCCAAUUACAACUUGCGACAUCUCCAACCCAUAGCUAUUUUAGAAUAAAUGUUAUUCAUGUAAACUUAUAGUAAUUUUACGAAAUGAAUGCGAAAAUAUUUUAUUGUGGUACUCACACAAUCACAAUUGUUGACACAAAGAAAGAACGAACACUUGCGUACGUAAGCUGCAAACGGCAGUGUGGCGCUUGAAUUAAAGUCGAAAGCAGCUGAACGAUAUUACGGGAAAAUUCGAGAUUUUCUCCUUUGGUCGUCGUGUACAUUUUCCCUUUUAAUUCGAAUUUAAAUCUUAAUUGAAACUUGAAUAAGAAAUUGUGUAAUUGUUAAGCUUAAUUGAAAAAUUCAGUAGAUCUUCUCAGGCAUGAUUUGUCCUGUUGAAUCGUUGAAUCGGACAGUAAGCUGUAGAUGAUUAAGCUCAGUUCACUAAAACGCAGCUGCAGUUCUCGUGUAACGAAACCCUAUUGGUACAGUGGGAUCAAAAGGAAAUAUUCUAGAACAAAGAUGCUACGCGGUUGGCUGCGUGUGGUCAGUAUGUCGCGAAUUUUCUAGAUGCGUUCGGAUUUCUCGCUCGUGAACCAUGGCUGGAAAUUUGUUUCCCAGUGCAGCUAAACGGUCCCGUUUCGAUGAACAGUUUGAUCAGGAAUUUGAUGGAUUCGAUCCGUCCUCUAGCAUGACGAGCACCCACAGAUAAACAACCAAAAAUACGAUCGACGUAACCAAACACCAUCACCAUCAAACGUUGCGUAGUUGCGAACACAACUGUUUCCUACCUAAUUUUUGAUUUAUUAACAGUGAACUUUGACAGAGAAAAGUCUAACUUGUACACGUUUUCAGCCAAUGAUAUCGGCGAGCGGUGCGAAUAGAGAAGAUUUUGAAGGGAUGGAGGUUGAUUCGGUGGCAGCGGACUUUGGAAGUCGGGAUGGUCGAGAUUAUGGUGCUACCUGGUCGGUGAUGCCUAGUGUGGACGAUUCGAACACAGCCUGGCUCAACAAACCACCGAUGGAAAGGUUUAUCGGUAUUCUGGAUCAGCUGGAUUCGAAAGUGGAGAAGCUUCGCAAGGAAGCCCUCGUGUUGCAGGAAAAGAAGGAUUUCCUAGCGAUGUCGGUUGACUUGCUCAAAAACAACGAGUACUUAACUGGAUUAGACGAAAAUGAGCGCGAGGAAAUCAAUUGCUACGUCCAGCGGAUCAGUGGUCGUUUAUCGACGGUAGAACUGAGUGUGUGUACCGUACGCGAUAGGGCCCAGGAAGACUCGCUCCACCAUGUGAACAGCUUGAUCGAUGCGAUAAUUUCCAGCUCGGACCCGGUGAUCUCACGAUUGCGCUGCCAGCAGUUCCUGAACGCGUGCAGCACUACGGACACCACCAACUACACGGAUCUGGAUCCGGCAAUGUGUUCCGAUAAGAAAUUUGAGUGCGUGCUCCUUGGUUGCACGUUGGAUGAUCAGAAGACCAUCAAGAAGCGAUUGCAGGCCCUGCUUGCGUAUCUCACCCAGCAAACCGUGGUUCAUUGAAUUUGCUUUUAGAUAUGACUUUACUAUACAAACACAUCUUGAAUGCAGGGAGCCAAACACUGUAAGCUUCCACGGAUGGAUUUUAUACUUGAAUUGUUACCGAUACGGCUAGGGUUGAUUAUAAACAUUAAAAUUCAAAAUCAAUGACAUUGCAUUGCUAUUCAA